UGCUUCGUGCGGCCUGUCAUUUCUUUAAACACAUUUUUCCACCAGCCGAUGAAGCAGCUAGCCGAGGCUUUGAACUAAAGUGACUAAAAUCUUAUUAUUACGGUAACAUCUCACCCUAUUUUCUGAAAACAAUCACCUCAACAAUCUUCAAAAUGACUGAAGAGGUAAACCCAAAGGCCUACCCGCUGGCUGAGCAGGCACUGACCGCGAAAAUCAUGGCCCUCAUUCAGCAAGCGGUCAACUAUAAGCAACUCCGCCGUGGAGCGAACGAGGCAACUAAAACGUUGAACCGUGGCCUGUCGGAGUUCAUCGUGAUGGCUGCGGAUGCCGAGCCGAUUGAGAUCAUUCUCCAUCUACCGCUGCUGUGCGAGGAUAAGAACGUGCCGUACGUAUUCGUCCGUUCCAAGCAGGCGCUCGGCCGUGCUUGUGGUGUGUCGCGCCCAAUCGUUGCCUGCUCGGUUACCAUUGACGAGGGUUCCCAACUCAAAUCUCAGAUCGUGACCAUCCAGCAAGAAAUCGAACGCUUGCUCGUUUGAAUGACCUGGGCAAGGUGUGUGCUAACUGAGUCAUUCUGUUUGGGGGAGGAUAUACGUAUCUUCCUAGUACAAAGUAUAUUUGGCGCAGUUUUUGCAGUUUAAAUCAUAUACAGAUAAUGAAUAAAAAUAAGACAUUCUA